AUGAAUGUCAAUAUUCUGUUAGUGGCCUUUGUAGUUUGUGGCCUUCUAGGGGCCUGCCAAGGAGGCCAGCUGAGGAAGAAUUUCUACCGGAGCACGUGUCCUUCAGCAGAGGAGAUUGUCAGAAAUGUCACCUGGAACCAUGUCUCCAGUAACCCCAACUUGCCUGCAAAGCUCUUGAGAAUGCAUUUCCAUGACUGUUUCGUCAGGGGUUGUGAUGGCUCAGUUUUGUUGAAUUCGACAGCAAACAACACGGCAGAGAAGGACGCAGCUCCAAACUUAUCUUUGGCAGGUUUUAAUGUUAUUGAUGAUAUCAAAGAAAACGUAGAGAACAAGUGUCCAGGAAUUGUAUCUUGUGCUGACAUCUUGGCUUUGGCUGCCAGAGACUCUGUUUCAUUCCAAUUCAAAAGAUCGUUGUGGAAAGUGCUCACGGGUAGAAGAGACGGCACAAUUUCACGAACUAGAGAGGCCUUGAUCAACCUUCCACCACCUGCCUUCAAUUUCACCCAACUCAAACAGCGCUUUGCCAGCAAGAAUCUUACAGUACAUGACCUUGUGGUUUUAUCAGGUUCACACACAAUUGGAGUAGGGCACUGCCCCACCUUUAGCAACAGGCUCUACAACUUCACUGGAAAGGGUGACCAAGACCCUUCUCUGAAUGCAACCUAUGCUGCAUUCCUCAAGACUAAAUGCCCAAGCCUCAACGACACUACAACCAACGUGGAAAUGGACCCUGGGAGCUCUUUAAAAUUUGACACUGGCUACUAUGCCACCCUCAAGCAGCACAAGGGACUUUUCCAAUCUGAUGCAGCCCUUUUAACAAACAAGGGUGCCGCCAAUAUCGUCCAGGAAUUGGGUGACAAUGACAAGUUCUUCACAGAGUUUGCUCAAUCAAUGGUGAGGAUGGGAGCCAUUGAGGUCCUCACAGGCACGUCCGGUGAGAUUAGGAGCAAAUGUUGGGCUUCCAAUUAA